CAGCCGGACGUGACGUCUCCUCCUGCGUUGUGUGCAUAAUGGCAGCGUACACUCUGGCCACGCUUGCCUUAUAAAAACUAGUUUUUCUUCUGAUACAUCUUCGACACGUCUUGGUUUGAAUCACCUGCAGUCAUGCCUGGGAGACAAAGCAACAAAUUACCCAACAACCUGCCGCAACUUCAGAAUCUCAUAAAGAGAGACUCGCAGUCGUAUGUUGAUGAGUUUUUACAGCAGUACCGACAUUUUCAGUCCAAUGUGGAGAUCUUCAAGCUGCAGCCGGACAAAGCCAACAGGGAGCUGGCGGAGCUGGUCAUGUUUCUAUCUCAGGUGGCCCACUGCUACAAGCAGCAGCUCUCUACGUUUCCUCGGCUGCUGUCUGAGUUAUUAAUGAGCUACCACACAGUCAUGGAGCCAGAUCUGCGGAUGACUUUCUGCAAGGCGCUGAUUCUUCUGCGGAAUAAAGAUCUGAUCGACCCCACAGGCCUCCUGGAGCUCUUCUUUGAGCUGCUGCGGUGUCAUGAUAAACUGCUUAGAAAGACUCUGUACACACACAUUGUGACGGACAUCAAAGGCAUCAAUGCAAAGCACAAAAACAACAAGGUCAACACAACCCUGCAGAACUUUAUGUACACAAUGCUGAGAGACAGUAACCCCAUAGCAGCAAAGAUCUCUUUAGAUGUGAUGGUUGAGCUUUACAGGAGGAACAUAUGGAAUGAUGCCAAAACGGUUAAUGUCAUUACGACAGCAUGCUUCUCCAAGGUCACAAAGAUACUCGUUGGAGGCAUGAAGUUCUUCCUUGGCAAAGAUGAAGACGAAAAAAACGAGAGCGAUUCUGAAUCUGAGAAUGAAGGAAAGUCGGCAAGAGACCUGAAGAUGAGCUACUCCACGGGCAAGAAAACUACCAAAAACAAGAAGAAGCUGGAAAAAGCCAUGAAAGUCCUUAAGAAACACAAGAAAAAGAAGAAGCCUGAAGUCUUUAAUUUUUCAGCGAUUCACCUCAUUCACGAUCCUCAAGACUUUUCAGAGAAGCUCUUAAAGCAGCUGGAAAGCUCCAAGGAGCGCUUCGAGGUGAAGAUCAUGAUGAUGGAGCUCAUAUCUCGUCUGGUCGGAAUCCACGAGCUCUUCCUCUUCAAUUUUUAUCCCUUCAUCCAAAGGUUUCUCCAGCCGCAUCAGAGAGAGGUAACAAAGAUUCUGCUGUGUGCCGCCCAGGCUUCGCACCAGCUGGUUCCACCUGAGAUCAUUGAACUGGUGAUCAUGACCAUUGCCAACAACUUUGUAACAGACAGGAACUCUGGAGAGGUCAUGACUGUUGGCAUCAACGCCAUCAAAGAGGUGGCCGGCCGCUGCCCGCUUGCCAUCAAUGAAGAUCUGCUGCAGGACUUAGCCCAAUACAAGACCCACAAAGACAAGAAUGUAAUGAUGUCUGCCAGGGGAUUGAUUCAGCUGUUCAGAAAUCUCAAUCCACAGUUACUGCACAAAAAGGACCGGGGGAGACCCACAGAAGCAUCAACAGAGGCCAAAAUAAAAGACUACGGAGAACUUGAGGCUAAAGACUACAUUCCUGGAGCUGAGGUCCUGGAGGUGGAGGAGGAAAACAAAGAGGAAGAGGAGGAUGAAGAUGGUUGGGAGAGUGCCAGCAUCAGUGAUGACGAUGAGGAUGGAGAGUGGAUUGAUGUUCACCACUCAUCUGAUGAAGACACAGGCGAAGUGGCUGAGAAACUCCAGAGUAUCCCGGCUGAAGAGAGAAAAGCAAAGGCAGCGGCAGUCAGUGGCAGCCGUCUCCUCACUCAGGACGACUUCAGGAAAAUCCGUCUGGUCCAACUGGCAAAGGAGGUCAACGCUGCUCCAGGGAAGGGCCAGAAGAGGAAAAUGGCAGACAGUGACAAUGAAGAGGAAAAGGGGGACCUAGUGACACUCAGAGACAUCGAGAAACUGCAUAAAAAACCAAAAUCAGACAAAGAAACUCGACUUGCAACAGCAAUGGCUGGACGAACAGAUCGAAAAGAAUUUGUGAGAAAGCGGACCAAGCUGAACCCGCACGCCAGCACCAGCAACAAGGAAAAGAGGAGGAAAAAGAACUUCAUGAUGAUGAGACACAGUCAGAAUGUCAGAACAAAAGGCAAACGCUCCUUCAGAGAGAAACAGCUCGCGCUCCAGGCCGCCCUCCUGAAGAAGAAGAAGCAGUACAAAUAGGGAAAGCAUGAGGCGCUCACGCUGUCUCUUGACGGCUAGCACAAAAAUUCAUUUUUGACUGGAUCAAAUAAUAUUGUACAUCCUUUAAAUGGCAUGUAUUACCUUCAUGUAUAUUUUUUGUCUGUCGAUGAACUACAUUAAUUUACACAUUUUAAAAUAAAACAUCUGUAUUAUUUAGAAAA